AUGACAUCGCAGCCAGCUACUGCCAGCGAGGGCCCCAGAGAGAACACCGAAGAUGAUAUCAAUGAGUCACUUCGCCGACGUUUGCAUGAGGCCGAACACACUAUCACCGGACUGAAAGCCGCGCAGAAAGCGACGCAAGAGUUCAUUGUGGCCCAGAACGCGGAGCUCAAGAAAGAGAAUAACCAGCUCCGCGAAGAGAUGGCUGUACUCCGACGUCAGACCUCACAGGCUGGCAAUGACGGCAAGGAAGCGAGUCCAGGCGCCAGCAUAUCAGUGAGACUAGAGGACGUGAAGAAACUACAAGGGGGUCUCCAGGAACUAAAACGACAGAACAACGAGAUUCGUCGACAAGCCGAAGAACUUCGCGACUACAUGCUCAACAAACAAGAGGAGUUUAGUCGAAAGCGACGCCGCACAGAUUCAGACACCGACAAAAGUGAGGAAGUAAGCGUCAUCAUCCAACUUCUCACGGGGCUCAAACCCUACCUCGAAUGCGAAAAGAAUCUCUAUGUUGGCUUUCGGGUGCCGGUCAAAAACCUCGCUGAAGACCUAUGCCGUGCGCGAGAACUGCGACUAUCGCUGCCUGACAGUGAAAUCGAGGCAAAUAUGACGGAUUUCACAAACAGUCGUCAGAGUUAUAUGUGGCAUUGCCUUCGAGAGGUCUGCGAAUAUGGCUCGCGUGCUGUAGCUUUGGCCUCGUGUUCUUUUUGCCCGCGUCAUAAAUCCGGUUGCGAGUUUAUGAUUUCAAAGGUUGGCGGUUUGUAUCCUGGUCAGCUACGUUUCUCAUAUUCCCUGGGCCCAAAACCUCCGCUGAGUGAAGUAUCAUCGACCAUACUUCAAGCUUGUGCGCUUAGUGAAAGAGCAUCAAUUCAGGUAUCGAGGUUGUUGUGGUAA